AGUAGUAGUUUAUUUUGUCACCGCACACUGCGCAAACCCAGAGGAAAACCAGGAUUGGGCGGCCACCGACGACGCCGUGGCGUCCGUCGUCUCGAUCUGUGGGCAGCUGGAAAGCGAGCGAGUGGUGCGUGAGUGAGAGCGAGAACGAGACAGCAGCCGGGUAGACGCCGUCUCAGCCUGCCCUCAAGGCUCAAGCCAAGCCCCUGUGAUGCGUGCAAUCAUGGUUGAUGGGGUCUGUGGGAGCAGGAGAGCUCUUAGAUGAAGUACUAGCUAGUUUCGCGACGAAGGCCGGUGGUCCCAUCCUAUGCACAUGGUGUCCGUCAAUGCAAUGGACGUCUGUCUGGAGCUGGGGAGUGGAUAAGGAAGCGUGGUGGUCCCCUGUACCAAGCCCGAGACGAGGAUCCUCAAAACUGAACUGCCCACCAGUCGACCGCACCACACUCCACUCCACACCACACAUGAUCUGCGGAAACCAUGUCCGCGCCCGCCCGCCCGCCGUUUCUGCGCCGCCCGCCGAUCGUUUGGGUCCAUUGAUGCCGCCUAUAAAUCUCCGGCAGGCCUCCCCGGAGUCAGGCAGCAGAUCCAUCGUCCUCAUUAUUAUUCUCACUGGUCGAUCUGCUAACACAAACAGCAGCAGCUCCUCCUCACUAGCUAGCCUUCUCUAUUUUUGCUACUGCAAGUGUCCAAGUCUGCGACGACGUCCGAGAUGUCGACGGUGAGCCGUGCAUCCCUUGACCAGAAGCUUGCCCUCGCCAAGCGCUGCUCCCGAGAGGCGACUCUUGCCGGAGCUAAGGCGGCAGCAGUGGCGACUAUCGCCUCCGCGAUUCCCACCCUCGCGAGCGUGCGGAUGCUGCCGUGGGCCAAGGCCAACAUCAACCCCACCGGCCAGGCGCUCAUCGUCUCCACGGUGGCCGGGAUGGCCUACUUCAUCGCCGCCGACAAGAAGAUCCUGUCGCUGGCGAGGCGCCACUCGUUCGAGGAAGCUCCGGAGCACCUCAAGAACACCUCCUUCCAGGGCACCGGACGCCCCCACCCGGCUUUCUUCAGGCCAUGAUGAGAUCAGAUAUAUAUGACACAUCCGUCGACCUCAUCAGUCAUAGAGCCGGCCAGCCAGUCAGUCAGUCAGCACAAGCACCAGAGAUGAUGCCAUCCAUGUCUGCAUGCAUGCAUGCAUAUAUAAAAAAUAAACUGCUAGGCUGAUGAGUCAUCGCGCUCGCGUGCUAUUAAUCAUCCUCGAUGCAUGUACUAGUGAAUUGUGCUAUUUAAAUAUAUAGUUUCACGAAGGGUGGAUGUUUUUA